AUGGAUGAAGAGGACGCUAAGUAUCGCUCAGAACAUGAAAAGUCUUCACACAAAAUAUCUGCUACUACCAAAAAUCAGUAUUGUAAGCACGUCCUUGAACAAAAUGAUUUUUUGGUGAAAAGCAUAUGUGAUCAGAAUGCUUCUACAAUAAAGAUUCUACAAACAACGUUGAAAACUAACGACUUGACACCACCACCUGCUGGCUCAUUAAACAAUCUAUUGUCUGAUGGACGUUCGUCUAACGAUACAAUAAAUUUAAGACCAACGACAAACCAUUGUCAGUCAACAGUAUCGCUUUCUCAACCUGCAACACAAAAGCGUAUUAUUAAAUUGACAGUGUUUGGCGACAGUACCAUUACACAUUUGAAUGCAAGCCACAUUCAUGUACCUUGUCGUUCUGCUGUUCAGCUCCGUUCUGGUUGUCCAAAUUUUGAUCAUCUAUCAAGUCAAGUUCUUCAUGAUAAAUUGAAGACGGAUAUAACGAGCCGUUCCCUGGUUGUAGUAGGAACAAAUAAUUUAUCAUCGUCAGACACCGUUGAUACAACCAUCGACAAACUGAAGCUCUUCGUUUCAAUUUUUAAAGAAAAAUACAAUGGCAAAAGCUCAUCAUUGCUACCGUCCCACUACGUCGACAUAUCGGUCUGA